AUGGACUGGGACAGCUGCAGUCAAGCAUACAGCCGUGUCUACGAAAAUGGAGAUGUCGACGAACAGAAACAUCAUCGUGGCCAGGAGUUUCUUGCGGGCGGAAUGGCGCUAGCAGGCUUCAAAGCAUUUGAAGAUCAUCAGCGCAAAGAAGGCAAACCCAUAUCGCAUGGCAUGGCCAAAGACAUGCUCGCGGGAUUCGCCGGGGCUGAAGUUGACAAGUUUUGUCAGCAGGAGGGGCACGAGUGGUUUGAUCAUGAGAAAGCGAAGCGACAUGCAGAGGAGCAAGCAGGGAAAAUGUACGACGAGUACUAUAUUCAGCAGCAGAACAUGGACAAGUACGACCCUAGAGAGCGAGGUCCGCCGCCAAUCUUUGGUGGGCACCGGUACAUUCACUGAAGGAGGUUGUUGUAGGAGUUAUUCCAGUCGGAGGCUGGCAUUGGCCGGAAAUGGCUUUAAGACCGCUCACCAUGCAGACAAGCGCCCAAAAGGGGUUCCUAUUCAGACCGUAGCUGAUUUAAUUUAAUGGGCCGGAAUAUUAAUGGAGAAC